AUGGAGAUGCUACUUUCCUUCGCUCCUCAAGGAGGGGUAAACUGGCUGUUGGGGACGUUCGGCCUGGUGCUGGGGGUCAUUUUCUGCUAUUCUUCCAUCACCGCUAUCUAUCGGCUUACACUCCAUCCCCUCGCCAAGUACCCGGGUCCCUUCUUCUGUAAAUUAUCGGACUGGCCUACUCUGUUCAGCGCAUCCAGUGGGAACCGUCACUUACAGGAAUGGAAAGCCCAUCAAAAAUAUGGUCCAAUUGUCCGGAUCGGACCUAACACUAUCUCGAUAAAUUCAGUCACUGGUUUCAAAGCCAUACAUGGGUCACGGCUUUCCAAUGUUCGUAAAUCAGACUGGUAUCUCACGGUCGAGGGGGCAAUUGGCACGCCGAUGACUCAAACCAUCCUUGACCGCCAAAAGCAUGCAUUUCAUCGCCGUGUCUUGGACAUUGCUCUCUCAGAGACUGCACUGAAAUCAGUCGAACAUAUGAUUGUAGAAAAUAUCCAGGCAUGGUGUACACAUCUCGCCGAAGGUAUUUCGGAACCAGGCGACUGGUCCUCCCCCAAGAAUAUGGCCGAGUGGGCCACAUAUUUGAGCUACGAUAUCAUGGGUGACCUCACGUUUGGGAAGAAAUUUCACUGCAUGGACAGUGGUGAGCAUCGAUUUGUUCCCCCACUUAUACUGAAUGCAACGAAGAUGGUUUAUCUCAUUGGCCUAUCACCUUUGGCACCCUUUGUGAGACUCUUUCUUGGCUCUCCCAUAAUGAAUGUAAUUGGCGGUCAAAUGGCUCGCGACAACUUGAGAUACAAUAAAUAUGCCGCCUCUCAAAUGAAACAACGUAUUACAGCCGAAACAGAUGAUUCCAAACCGAGUAGAAAAGAUCUGGCACAUUUUCUCCUAAAUGCCAGGGAUCCCCAGACAGGAAAGGGGUUCACAACGGAGGAACUUUGUUCUGAGAGCUCUCUUCUCAUUGCUGCAGGUUCAGAUACUACCUCCAUUUCCAUAUCUGCCAUAAUGUUCCACCUCUCCCGCAACCCCGAAGCGCUCGACAAACUGACAUCCAUCAUUCGUUCCAAAUUCUCUUCCCUGGAUGAAAUUCAAGCAAAAACGCUCAACAACCUCCCUUAUCUCCGGGCAUGUCUCGACGAAAGUAUGCGACUCUCGCCCGUUGUCCCAUCUCACCUACCCCGCCAAGUUCUCCCGGGAGGCCUCAAAAUUGACAAACACAACUUCUCCGCCGGCACUAUCGUCAACACGCCUCCGUACACCAUAAACCAUAACGAAGAGUACUAUCCAGACCCCUUUUCCUAUCUACCGGAGCGUUGGAUCGUCGACCCGAACGUCGCGGAUGGUGAUAUUAGCUCCGAGAGUAAGGUCGCUAUCGCUCGAUCUGCCUUCACAACGUUCGGUCUCGGUCCACGAGGAUGCGCAGGGAAACGACUUGCGUAUCUCGAACUUAGCCAUGCCCUUGCGCGGUUGCUGUUUUCUUAUGAUCUACGCGUCUCACAGACGAGCGAAACUUUGGGUGCUAGUAACCCGGACCAUGAACAUGAAGGGAGACGGAGGCCUGAUGAGUAUCAGCUGGAGGACUAUUUCCUGGUGACGAGGUAUGGGCCUAUGUUGGAGUUUAGGGCUAGGCGUGAAUAG